AUGGUCAACAACCAUAUUCCUCUGGAAGUCGAUACCGACGAAGAAAACUUUAUCACCAUUGACACAGAUCCCAGCGAAUUAGAAGCUGGAGACCCUCAGUCUGAACUCACCUCGCUCCGCAGUAGCAUCACCAACUACUACUACGAGAACGGCCGCCGCUACCAUGCCUAUCAUGCAGGCACUUAUUGGGGUCCAAAUGAUGAUCAAGCCCAAGAGACCAUGCAAAUCGGACAUGAGGUUUAUCGUCUACUUCUAAACGGCAAAUUAUACCUAGCUCCUAUCGCAGAUGCCCCUCAAAAUGUCCUGGAUAUUGGGACGGGAACAGGUCUAUGGGCGAUAGAAUUCGGCGACAUGCAUCCUUCGGCCAAAGUCAUUGGAACAGACUUAUCGCCCAUCCAGCCAUCGUUUACCCCACCUAAUGUGCAGUUCGAGGUAGAUGACUGUUGUGACCAGUGGCUGUAUAAGAACAAUACUCUCGACUUCGUGCAUGUGCGUGGUCUAUACGGCUGCGUGUCGGACUGGGAUGAGUUCUACAAGAAGGCCUACAAACACAUUAAGCCGGGCGGAUACAUCGAGCAGCUCGAACAAUCAGUCCAAGGCAAAUCCGACGAUGGAACUACAAAUGGCACUAUGUAUAGCGAAUGGGCGCAGCACUUCCUCGACGCUGGAGAUUCAUUCGGGAAAACCUUUCGGAUUGUCGAUGAAGCCAAAGACCGAAUGAAGAAGGCAGGAUUUGCCGAUGUCGUCGAGUGUCGAUACAAGUGCCCCAUUGGACAAUGGCCAAAGGAUCCCCAACUAAAGCUUCUGGGGAAGUUGAACCGAGUCUAUGCCGAGGAAGCCAUUGAAGGGUAUGCGAUGAUGUUGUUCACGACUGUUCUAGGGUGGACACGCGACGAAGUAGAAGUAUAUCUUGCUCGGAUGCGAAAUACUCUGAGAGACUCGUCAAUUCAUGCGUAUCCGGAGAUGGUCGUUGUAUAUGGACGGAAACCCUUCGAGGGAGAAUCUGUGGAAGCAGCCUGA